UCUCAACCAGAAAUGUAAAUCUAACAAGUGACUCCUGCCAUAUUUUUCGAACAGUUCAAAUUCCUUAUUUUUUUCAAAAAUAGAAAAUUUGCUUAAUAAUCCGCUGUCCCUUAAUGCUGGUUGUGCUUAUUGACGUCCAUUGAUUUUUUUGUGUAGUACAGGACUGGACGCAUAAAAAUGUGUCAAAAUGUUGUAGUUUGACUUUUGAUGCAUACUGUCCUUCAACUGUUUGUAAAUGAGUUAAAGUUUGAGUUUUUUUAUUUUUUACCCCUUCACUACUUUCUCACUUCUUAUUUUAUAGUUAGUUUUUAACAUUCAAACUUUUUUUAUUUUUAUUUUUAAAUAAAAAUAAGCCACAAUGGAAGGGGAAAAGAGCCACAUCACACAGCUUUUUUGCUAUUUGUUCUGUCUUAGGUCGAAUAGGAACAUGCGCCGCUAUCAACAUCAAUGUGGGUUACAGCAGCUUAAUUGUGUUGAUUAUGCUAUGAUGAUUACGUCACUUUUUAUUUUAUGCCUUUGGGAAAAGCAAAGUACAUGAUCUUACAUCUAUAGGUCACCUGAGUACUUUUACAUAAAAAGGGAAGCAUUGAAGGGAUAAAUUAUAGCAAGAAGGAGGACGAUCAAGCAAGCCACCUCAUGUAAGAUUUCACAGUAAGUACAUUCAUUUUUAUUUGUAAAGUUUUUAAUUUAUCUAUUAUAACAUUUAAGAAGCUACAUCCCAAUUAAAAUAAAUAAACCAACAUUUCCCCUUUUUCAGAUAUUUUCCUUCAUCAACAAAAGCAGUCAGACGGGAUCAUCAUGUUUUUAAACUUUUCAUCUGAGACUUUGCUGACUCUGUCUUCACUGGGCUUUUCAUCCAUGUAUGUUUAUCCAGCAUUUGUGUUUGGGACGCUUAUCUAUCUGAUUAUUGUCUUUUGUAAUCUGCUGGUAUUAACAACUAUUGCUGCAAGUAAAAAGCUACAUAAACCCAUGUUUAUUCUGCUGUUAAAUUUACCAAUCAGUGACAUCCUGGGAGCAACGGCUUUUUUUCCUCACCUUGUUUUUAGCAUCGUGACACAGAAUAGACUCAUCUCCUCUGAUGCCUGCCUCACUCAGGCUUUUCUCAUUCAUUUCUACGGCACGGGAAACAUGCUGAUUCUGAGUGCGAUGGCGUACGACCGAUACAUGGCUAUAUGUUCUCCUCUAAAGUACAAUGCAAUCAUGAACUCCAAUAACUUAAUCAAAAUCAUUUGUCUAAUUUGGUUUCUUAAUUUUGCAUUGAUGUUUACCUUGUUCAUGCUACUCGCCCGCUUUAAAUUUUGCCGCUCAAAUCUUGCAGAUUUGUAUUGUAACAAUCCAUCAUUGCUUAAGCUGGUUUGCAACGACAUCUCACUGAACAACUACUAUGGACUUUUUACUAUAUUUCUUGUCAUGGGAGCUCCACUGAUAUUAAUCAUGUACACAUAUGCCCAGAUCCUGUUCACAUGUGUUAUGACCAAUAAUACAGACGGCAGGAGAAAAGCCAUUCAGACCUGUGGCACACAUUUAGCUGUUUUUCUUGUCUUGCAAGUCAACACAACUUUCACAUUAAUCUCUCAUCGUUUUGACAGUGCUUCUCCAUUCCUGAGAAGGGCUUUAGGAGUCUCUAUUUUAAUAUUUCCACCUUUCUUGGACCCGUUAAUAUAUGGACUGAGAACCAGGGAACUGAAGCAGUGUAUGAUCAUGUUUUUAAAAAGAAGUCUUGGUUUCACAAAAUAGUCAUUUUAUUACAGUUAUGCUAAAUCGACAUACCUUGUUUUUGCUUUGUAUGUAAAACACAAAAAUAACAAUAAUGAGAAUGGUUUCAUUGUUUCUUUUCAUGUCAACUGAUCACUAAAGCCUUCAAACAUGGAAGGUGCUAAAUAAGAUUUUUCUUUUCAAAUGUGACUUUAAAAAAACGUUAAACAACAAUAUUCAUGAGCUGAAAUGUUUGAUUUGGCAAAAUAAAAUGAAUAAAUCAUACAAAUGUGUGUGUGUGCAAAUGAAAUACUUUUUUUUAUACAAAGAUUUAUAUUUCAAGACUUUUAUAAACAGAUGUACCAUUUUUUAAGACAGCAUAAAUCUCUUUAAGCAAUUUUAAACCCCGUCAGACUUCUCAUCGGAUUGUGUGACAAACUGUAAAACGUGUGUUGUAAAAAUAUUGCAGAAACAAACUGACUGACAUUUAUGCUGAAAGUCUCCCAAUUAUCACACACUCAUGUAUAUCUUUGUUCCCUAUUUUUGAACCCCAGGAUGCCAGAUGUGGUUGUCAUAGUCACCCUUAGCCAUUAUUAGAGUGUUGAUUCAUCACAGGUAAAAAAAAAAAAAAAAGUUGUGGUUAAUUUGUUUAAUGUCAUUUAUAUGUAUGCUGCAAAGUAUUAAUAGAAAAAACCUUAAAACUAAAACAAAUGUUUCUGACACUGUCUGAAGUCAUAGUGAACUUUAUUGUCAAUUAC